CCCAGGCGCACCUCGCAGCCGGGCCGCUGUCCUGACCCAGAACCCCUGCCCGGGAGGGAGGAGGGGUGGCGAUGCUCGCACGUGGGGCUGGCUGUUGUGAGCUGCCCCAGAACCUGUAUGCGCAGCGGUGCGAGUCCAGGAGCUGCGGCUUUGCCGGCAGCCGGAUGCCCGGGCCCAUUGGGCGGGCCGGAGGCCUCCUGCGGGAUGAGCAGAUUGCUGGGGGGGACGCUGGAGCGCGUCUGCAAGGCUGUGCUCCUGCUCUGCCUGCUGCACUUUCUUGUGGCCGUCAUCCUCUACUUUGACGUCUAUGCCCAGCACCUGGCCUUCUUCAGCCGAUUCAGUGCCCGUGGCCCUGCCCGUGCCCUCCACCCCGCCGCUAGCAGCAGCUCCAACUGCUCCCGGCCUAAUGCCACUGCCCCCAGCUCCGGGCUGUCUGAGACCCCCAGUGUGCGGCCUGGCCCUACCGUGCCCACCCUGCCGCCCUGUCCUGACUUGCCUCCUGGUCUCGUGGGACGGCUGCUGAUUGAGUUCACGUCCCCUAUGCCUCUGGAGCGAGUGCAGAGGGAGAACCCUGGUGUGCUCCUGGGCGGCCGCUACACACCACCGGAUUGCACCCCAGCCCAGACAGUGGCUGUCAUCAUCCCCUUCCGACACCGGGAGCACCACCUGCGCUACUGGCUCCACUACUUGCACCCCAUCCUGAGGCGACAGCGGCUGCAUUAUGGCAUUUACGUCAUCAACCAGUUUGUCACAGGCCCAGUGUUGACCUGUUCCCUCCUUCAACACCAGCAUGGUGAGGACACCUUCAACCGAGCCAAGCUGCUCAAUGUGGGUUUCCUUGAGGCACUGAAAGAGGAUGCUGCCUAUGACUGCUUCAUCUUUAGUGAUGUGGACUUGGUCCCCAUGGAUGACCGAAACCUGUACCGCUGCGGUGACCAACCCCGCCAUUUUGCCAUCGCCAUGGACAAGUUUGGCUUCCGGCUACCCUAUGCUGGCUACUUUGGAGGUGUGUCGGGGCUCAGUAAAACCCAGUUUCUAAGAAUCAAUGGCUUCCCCAAUGAGUAUUGGGGCUGGGGUGGCGAGGAUGACGACAUCUUCAACCGGAUCUCCCUGACUGGGAUGAAGAUCUCUCGCCCAGACAUCCGCAUAGGCCGCUACCGCAUGAUCAAGCAUGACCGGGACAAGCAUAACGAGCCCAACCCUCAGAGGUUUACCAAGAUUCAGAACACGAAGCUGACCAUGAAACGGGAUGGCAUUGGGUCUGUGCGGUAUCAGGUCUUGGAGGUGUCUCGGCAACCACUCUUCACCAACAUCACAGUGGACAUUGGGCGGCCCCCGUCGUGGCUCCCUCGGGGAUGACACUAAUGGACAAAGGCUCCCAUUGCCAAGGAUUACCUUCCAGAGGACUGACCUACACCAGCCUGGCUGGUGACAGCUCUGUGGGGGACCCCCCCCCACACCCGGACUGAGACUGUGGGCUCUGUUUUCCAAGAAUCUUCAAUAGGCCACUCAGCUGCACCUGGAAGUUUCAGAACCUACUUUAGGGGCUUCCAUCCUGGGCAGGCCCCUCAAGUGUGGCCCUCUCUGGAUUUGACCCACUUUCCUGCCCUUCUAUUCCCAGCACAGCCUCCCUCACUGUCAGGGUUGGGCCAGCCCCUGCACUGCCUCGCUGAGUGGCCAGGGCUAGGUCACUCCACCUCUCUGUGCCUCAGUCCCCCCCUCCCCCAGUCCCCUAAGGCCUGGAAGGGUGGAAGGAUGACUAGGGGCCAUGUCUCUUCCAGGGGGAAUUCUCAGACCUAAGGAUCCCCUAUGCUCCCAGGGGAGGGGAAACUUUUUUUCAUUCAACUUUGUAAGGGGCAAAUUCUGGUGCACCCCCCCACACACACACACACACUGAGGAGCCACCCCAGGAGGGGACCAGAGGGAGUGCUGCGUCGCUACCUGGAUUCUUGGGGUUGAGCUUUGCAUGGGGUGGGGGGUGGUGGCAGGUGAAGUUUGGGUCAUUCCCACUGGAUCUUGCCUCCCUGUCUCAGAAGGCAGUAGCCCCAUGGUCGGCUGAUCUUUGUACAUUGCACAGAAACUUGUGUGGGUGCUUUAGUAAAAAACGUGAAUGGA